GCACGUUUGAGUGACCAUGGAGUGCGUUUGCUGUCAUGUAGUUGAGCGUUAAUACGGCGUGAAUAGCAGGAGAGGGGGACUUUCGUGUGGAUACGAGGAGCCACAGUCGAGCCAUGGCUGCACGGGAGGAAGGAGAGGUUUUGCACAGUAAAAUAAGGCACCACGACGGAGCUGGAAGUGUAAACAGCUCAGAAGGCUUCAGGAACGGCUAUGUGAAGAGCUGCGUCACCCCCCUUAAACAGGACCAUCAGAGGGGAUUUUUGUUCAGCGUGUGCAGGUUUUGCAACGAAGACAUUCUCAGUUCAAAACUGUUAAAGGUCUCUGCCCUGUAUGUAGGCGCUUUCGUUAUUUUCGCGGUCUCUUUUCUAAUUUCUAGGAGCUUGCAAAGUGACUCGCUUUGGGAUUUGCGGACUUUUUUGUCGGGCUUCUCCCAGUCCAUCAGUCCUUUAUUCAGCAUAGGAUGUGCUUUCUUCUUUCUGACACUUUACCUGAGAAGGAAGAAGAAGGAGAGCACCAAAUGUUGGCUGGUGUCACUACCAGCAUCGUGUUACCUCGGGGAUUUUUUGGUCUUGCGGUUUUUACAAUGGGGAGAGGACCAGCACCAGAUGCAAAUGGUGGGCAGGUUGUUAUUCGUGUUGGGAUGUGUGGGUCUGCUCACACUGAUCCCAACGCUGAAACUCAAACACAGUGUUCUUAUACUGGUUUUUGCCAGCGUUGUGUGGCUGGUUUCUUUCACAAGUUUGAGCGGUCUGCCCGCACUGCUCAGACCGCUCUUUGCCUGCUUUGCGGGGGUUUCUGGCUCCCUGUUGGGGCUCUGUUUUGACCGUUACUACCCGUCGAGGGAAGCACCGAGUGGGAUUUCCAGCGCGGAGGAAAAGGUCCCUGUGAUCAGACCUAGGAGAAGGUCCAGUUGCGUUUCGCUCGGGGAAACGUCGACCAGCUAUUAUGGCAGUUGUAAAAUGCCUCGCAGACCUUCGUUACCCUGCAUAUCCAGAGAGCAGAUGAUCUUAUGGGACUGGGAUCUGAAACACUGGUACAAACCACAGUAUCAGGGUGCGGUGAGCGGCAACGGUGUGGAUCUUUCGGUCAUCAACGAGGCCAGGAAUCUGGUGUCAGACCUACUGAUGGACUCAUCGCUGCCUCCGCACACCGUCUCAGUCCUGCGCAGCAUCUCCAGCCUCAUGGGGACGUUUUCCGGCUCGUGCCGCCCCAGGGUCAACCCUUUCACCCCCUUCCCAGGUUUCUACUCCUGCGAUGAGGUGGAGGACUCUGUAGAGAGGAGUGAUAGGAAACCCAUUAAGGGCUUGAGCAGCAGAAACAGUCUCCCCACCCCUCAGCCGAGGCGGAGUUCCACCUCGUCCGCAUCCUCCACACUCCCUUCUCUUGACUCCGCCUCUUCGCGCUGGGAACGUAACAAUGGCAAGAGACCCCACCCUGACCUCAACUUGACCAGCUCAGGUUUGUCCAAUGGGCCUAAUGCAAACCUGCUCACCAUUCCCAAGCAGAGGUCUUCCUCUGUUACCCUCACAUAUCAAGCAGGGCCCAGGAGAGCAGGCACAUCACCGAGCCUGAGCCCCGUCACCUCUCCAAGCCACAGUCCUCCUGCUGUAGGCACGGGUUCUUCAUCAUCCUUUGUAACUCUGCCUGUGGAGUUCCCAGACACAGCUGACUUCCUGACAAAGCCCAGUGUAAAUCUGAACCUACAUAAGCCCUUGGGCUACACAAUAAGCUCCCCUGAUUUCCGUAGCUCUACCUUACCUCUCUGCACCAGCUGUGGUCGUCAGAUGCUCAAGGGCAACAGUGAUACAGGGGAAUCUCAUCAACCAUAUACCACUGAGGCUCAGCGCAGGCGCUCAGGUGAAGGACCGGAGUUCACAGGGGAGCCUCUGAUUAGGGAGGAGAGUUCGGAGGUGGAUGUGUCUGACGAUGGGAUACCAGACGAUGGAGGAAACCAGAGGCUGACAGAGGGGGAGAAGGAGAAGAGCAUGAGCACAAACCAGGAGACUCAGGAAUCAGAGGGGGACCAGGAGUUCAGGCUAGAUCCUAUGCUCGAGGACCAUGAGCCUCUCAUGGAGAGGAUGAACACCUGGAACUUCCAGAUAUUUGACCUGGUGGACAAAACGGGAGGGAAGACUGGAAGGAUCCUCAGCUAUGUGACAUACACCCUUUUCCAGGAUAUGUGUCUGUUUGAAAUCUUCAAGAUCCCUGUGAGGGAGUUCAUGACAUACUUCUGUGCUCUGGAAAAUGGAUACAGAGACAUUCCCUAUCAUAACCGGGUCCAUGCUACUGAUGUGCUGCACGGUUGGUACCUGACCACUCGACCAAUCCCUGGUUUCCAGCAGAUCCACAGUGAGCAUGUGACUGGGAGUGACACAGAUUCAGAUAGUGGAAUCUCUCCAGGCAGGAUAUCCUAUGCCUCCUCCAAGAGCUCCUCAAUUUCAGAUGACAGCUAUGGCUGCCUGUCCUGGAACAUUCCUGCCCUGGAGCUCAUGGCCCUUUAUGUAGCAGCUGCAAUGCACGACUACGACCACCCCGGUCGCACAAAUGCCUUUCUAGUAGCCACUAAUGCACCUCAGGCUGUGCUGUACAAUGACCGCUCAGUGCUAGAGAACCACCACGCAGCAUCUGCCUGGAGCCUGUACCUGUCCCGACCUGAGUUCAACUUCCUCGUCAACCUGGAUCACAUGGAAUUCAAGCGUUUUCGCUUCCUUGUCAUCGAAGCUAUACUGGCCACAGACCUCAAGAAACACUUUGAUUUCCUGGCUGAGUUCAAUGCCAAGGUGAACGACGUGAACAGUCCAGGAAUUGAUUGGACCAAUGAGAACGACAGACUGCUGGUGUGCCAAGUGUGCAUAAAGUUGGCAGAUAUCAAUGGACCAGCCAAAGUCCGUGACUUGCACCUCAAAUGGACAGAAGGCAUCGUCAAUGAGUUCUAUGAACAGGGAGAUGAGGAAGCUAGGUUGGGAUUACCCAUCAGCCCCUUCAUGGACCGCUCCGCCCCACAGUUGGCAAAGCUGCAGGAGUCCUUCAUCACCCACAUUGUAGGACCGCUUUGUAACUCCUACGACGCUGCCGGCCUGCUUCCUGGUCACUGGAUUACUGAAGAGGGAUCAGAUGACGAUGAUGAGGAGGGCCAAGUGGACAUUGACACAGAUGAAGAUGAAGAUGAGGAAGAUGAGCUAGAAGAUGAGCUGGGACCAAGAAGGAGGAAAAAACGGCGCAGGUUGUUCUGCAGCAUCAUGCAGCACCUGACAGAAAAUCACAAGGUGUGGAAGAAGAUCAUUGAGGAGGAGGAGAAAAGCAAAGAGCCUGGCAAACAGCAGCAGCCAGACAGUUUGCCCACCUCCCCGUCAGAUGACAUCCAGGUCAUCCAGGAGGAAGAAGAGGGGGAGGAACGUCAGUAGCAGGAAGCGGAGCAGAGAUGUGUGAAAAGGAAAAAGAGAGGCAGUACAAGGACACAAGGCCCUCAACCACCUGCCUCUCACUGACAUAAACAUUUGACAAAUGCACAUAAAACACACUUUGCUCCCUCUCUCUUACACACACACACACACACACACACACACACACACACACACACACACACACACACACAUAUUGAAAGAUUCACUGUGCUGACACUCAAAUGCUUAAGCAGUCACGUUGUUUUUGGAGAAACAAAAAGGCCUUACUACUGUGAGCGGAUCCUUACUGCAACGGUGGGGGCCCAACUCCUAUGCACUUUCACCCCGUGGAGAGUCAAGUGCACCCAGAGAAAAGCACCAGAACUGAGGAGGCAGAGGGUGCAGAAGAAGAGUGUGGACCAGUGUCCAGGAUGAACUUGUCCUCCAUGGUAACCUGGCUGUGAUGCUGCCUUGAAUGCAAAGCGCUUAACACUUACCACCUCCCUUAGGUACAAAACAGUUUCUGUGUAUUUAAAAAGGAAAGGUAGAGGAAACAUACUGAAGCAAAUGACAUCUUGAAGUGAGUGAUACCCUUUACCAAAGGAAAGACAAGAGACUGAAACUGUUUCAGCUUCAG